UAUAAAUUAGUGUGGUUUUGUCGCAGGUAUUAGGAAGACUGGAAGCCUCUGUUGGAGAGUUGUAUUGACAUAUCCGUCACACGUUUUUAGAACAGUGAAAGUGAAAGUAGAUAUUGCAAAACAGGCAACAGUGUAGUAGAACAACCAAAACUAUUAGAGAAAAUGGCCUCCAUGUCGAUCUCAGAAGAGGAUUUAUCUUGUCCUGUGUGCUGUGACAUCUUCAAGGAUCCAGUUCUGCUGAGCUGUAGUCACAGUGUCUGUAAAGGCUGCCUGCAGCAGUUCUGGAGAACGAAAGGGACCAGGGAGUGUCCAGUCUGCAGAACAAGACCGAUGAACGCUGAGCCCCCCCUGAACCUCCUUCUGAAGAACCUGUGUGAGAACUUCCCAAAGGGGAGAAGUCAGAAAGAACCAUUCUGCAGUCUGCACCGUUCAGAACUCAAGCUCUUCUGUGAAGAUGACAAACAGCUUGUGUGUUUGGUGUGUCGAGACUCUAAAUUGCACAAAAACCUCAACUUCAGUCCCAUCAGUGAAGCAGCACUGGAGCGUAAGGAAGAACUGAAAGUCAAACUGAAGCCUUUGCAGAACAAGUUGAAAAAGAUGAAAGAAGCUAAAAGUGAUUCUGAUGACACUGCCCAAAACAUUAGAGUCCAGGCCCAACACACAGAGAAGCAGAUCAAGAACAAGUUUGAGAAGCUUCAUCAGAUUCUACGAGAUGAAGAGGCAGCCAGGAUAACUGCACUGAGGGAGGAAGAGGAGCAGAAGAGUCAGAUGAUGAAGGAGAAGAUUGAGAAGAUGAGCAGAGACAUCUCAUCUCUUUCAGACACCAUCAGUGCCAUAGAGGAGGGGAUGAGAAGCGAUGAUGUCUCAUUCCUGCAGAUUUUACAGAACUACGAGAGCACAGUGAGAAGAGCCCAGCGCACACUGAAGGAUCCAGAGAGGAUUUCAGAAACACUCAAUUUGGCAAAGCACCUUGGAGACAUGGGCAUUUGGGAGAGGAUGAGAAAGAUUUUCCAAUACACUUCUGUGACUCUGGAUCCCAACACUGCACACCCACGUCUCAUUGUUUCUGAGGAUCGCACCAGUGUGGCAUUCAGUAAGGAGAGACAGCAGCUUCCUGAUAACCCAGAGAGGUUUGAUCAGUGGGCCAAUGUCUUGGGCUCUGAGGGCUUUAACUCAGGGACCCACUACUGGGAUGUGGAGGUGGGGAAUAGCAGUUAUUGGGACGUGGGCUUUGCAACAGAGUCGGCUAAGAGGAAGGGGGUGAUCACCAACAGGAGUGGAGUUGGCUAUGUCCUCUAUAAAAAUGGGCAAUAUACCAUAGUCUCAAGCCUACAGCCAACGUACUUGCUUUCAGUGAAGAAGAAACCCCAGAGGAUCAGAGUUAAGCUGGACUGGGACAGAGGGAAGGUGUCCUUGUAUGACCUUGAUUAUAACACACAUCUACACACGUUCACACACACUUUCACUGAGAGAGUGUUUCCAUACUUUGGUACUCAGUGUACACGUGUCCCACUAAGAAUUUUACCACUGAAGGACUCUGGGAAGUUCCCCUAAACCAUCUCAUAGUGGAGAGGUGUGUUUGGAGUUGAACAGGUGGUAUGGUAACAGGUGGUAUGGUAACAGGUGGUAUGGUAACAGGUGAUUUUCAUUCCCUGAUGGAUGCUGUUUAUUUCUCACCUCCUAUCCUUUAAAGGGAAACUUGGCAGGAUUUCCCCCUCUGCUGGAGAAAUUGUGCAUUAUGCUAUUUUAAAC